AACAGCAAAUCAGGCUGUUGAUGAUCAGUAGCUGAAUUGGGUCUCAAUCAUGGAGAGGAGCUUCACUCAUUGCUUGGUUCUAGCCAUUUUCUUGGGACUGUUUGCCCUGGAGGCAACAGCUGGGGCAAGCUUCAACUAUGGUGAUGCCAUGGAGAAGAGCUUGAUGUUUUUUGAGGCACAGAGGUCAGGGAAGCUGCCGGUGAACCAGAGAGUCAAGUGGCGGGGGGAUUCGGGACUCCGUGAUGGGCUUCUUCAAGGGGUGGACUUGGUGGGAGGGUACUAUGAUGCCGGAGACCAUGUGAAGUUUGGGCUGCCAAUGGCUUUUACAGUGACCAUGCUUUCAUGGGGAGCCAUCGAUUACAGGAAAGAGAUCACAGGCUUGAACCAGAUGGGUGACACACUGGCUGCUAUCAAAUGGGGGACUGAUUACUUCAUCAAGGCACAUACUGAGCCGGAUGUUCUCUGGGGACAGGUGGGGGAUGGAGACUCUGAUCACUACUGUUGGGAGCGCGCAGAGGACAUGACGACACCUAGAAAUGCUUACAAACUUGACCCCAAUCAUCCAGGCUCUGAUCUUGCUGGUGAAACUGCAGCUGCCAUGGCUGCAGCCUCCAUGGCUUUCAAGCUUUAUAACUCUUCCUACUCCAGUCUGCUCUUAGCUCAUGGAAAGCAGCUUUUCUCAUUUGCGGAUAGAUUCAGGGGUCAGUAUGAUGAUUCCAUCCAGUGUGCUAGGCAGUACUACACUUCAUCAGGUUACUCGGAUGAGUUACUGUGGGCUGCUGCUUGGCUUUUCCGGGCUACUGGCGAUGAAUACUAUUUGAAAUAUGUAGUGGAUAAUGCAGUCUCUAUGGGAGGAACUGGAUGGGCAGUAAAAGAGUUUUCUUGGGACAACAAAUACGCUGGUGUGCAGAUUCUUCUUUCAAAGGUAUUGAUGGAGGGACGCGGUGGGGCAUACGCUUCCACACUAAAGAAGUACCAGGCCAAGGCGGAUUUCUUUGCAUGUGCUUGUCUGCAGAAGAAUGAUGGCUACAAUGUUCCCUUGACUCCAGGUGGCUUAGUGUACUUGCAUGAAUGGAACAACAUGCAGUAUGCCUCAUCUGCUGCAUUCCUUCUUGCUGUCUACUCUGAUUACCUCUCUGCUGAAAAUGCUGUACUCAAAUGCCCAGAUGCCCAAGUCCAACCCUAUGAGCUCCUCAAUUUUGCAAAGUCACAGGCUGACUACAUUCUAGGAAAAAAUCCCAAGUCCAUGAGCUACCUAGUUGGUUAUGGACAGAAGUAUCCAGUCCAUGCUCACCACAGAGGUUCCUCCAUUGCCUCUGUAGCUGUCCUCCACUCUACAGUAGGAUGUGUGGAGGGAUUUGAGUCAUGGUAUCAUCGCCCUGAAGCAAACCCUAAUGUUAUUUAUGGAGGUCUUGUGGGAGGACCUGACAAGAACGAUGGAUUCUCCGAUGACCGGUCCAAUUAUGAGCAGACUGAGCCAACACUUUCAGGCGGUGCUCCUCUUGUAGGCCUCUUCUCCAAGCUGCAGAGCCUAAUAGGAACUUCAGGUUGGCUUUAAUCCAACACUCAAUAAAAUGGAAAGCCCUUUAAAUCAGAUGUCCCGGUGGAAUUCAUUCAUUUCAUAACCAACACAUGGACUAUUGGAAGAACAACUUACUACAGGCAUAAGGUGAUCAUCAAGAACAAGUCCCAAAAGCCAAUUACAGACCUCAAGUUGGCAAUUGAGAACCUUUCGGGAACCCUAUGGGGCCUUAACCCAUGUCAAGAGAAGAACACCUAUGAGCUCCCACAAUGGAUGAAAGUACUACAGCCUGGAUCACAAAGCAGUUUUGUUUAUGUUCAAGGAGGCCCCCAAGCCAAGGUUUCAGUUCUUAGCUACCAUUAAGCAUCUCAUCAGAGGAUUCUCAAAUUCAGAUGCAGACAGAUGAGACUAAAGAAAAUUUUCAGUUCUUCCUAUACAUACUAUUAAAUUCCCCAAGUUUGUAGUUUGCUGAUUAUAAUUUUCACUUCAACAGUAAACUUAAUUGAAGAUAAAUUUAUCUUGAA